AUCCUCAUGAUUCCCAUUGAAAAAAAUAAAAAUGAAAAAUAAGAAGAACUUUUCAAUUUUUUCUAUCAAAAAAAACAAUAUUUGUGUGUUUUCACGCAUGUUUAAUUAUUCCAAUUCACAACAACUCAUAGGCAGGCGGGACUUGGUCCAAGUCCAACUAAAGCAAUUAAUUUAAAUUCCCUUCACCUCCAUUUUCUUCUCCAAUUCUGAGCGCCUCCACCCCAAUCAUGGCCAACCAAAAACUCUCGCCCUCCUUCCUUGUUCUCUUCUUACUCCUUCUCUUCUCUACCGCUAUCAGCGCGGCCAACUCCGAUUUCUUCUCUAAGAGCCUCUCUCCUUCUUCACUCAAACUCAAGCAACAGAAACUCACCCACCUCCACUUCUACUUCCACGACAUACUCUCCGGGCAAAACCCCACUGCCGUCCGGAUCGCACAAGCACCAAUCACCAAUACCUCCACCACCUCCUUUGGCGCCGUGGCUAUGAUUGACGACCUUUUGACCUUUUCGCCCGACAUCAACUCCACCCUGGUAGGAAGAGCUCAAGGGCUUUAUGCGUUGUCAUCCCAGGAGGAAGCAUCCUUAAUGAUGGCGAUGACCUUUUCGUUCUUGGAAGGGAAAUAUAAUGGGAGUGCGCUCAGUGUGUUGGGGCGGAACCCGCCGUUUAACACCGUGAGGGAGAUGCCGAUUGUCGGCGGCAGCGGGCUUUUCCGGUUUGCUCAAGGAUAUGCUGAGGCGAGGACUAAUACCUUUAAUCUCACUACGGGGGAUGCUUGCGUUGAAUAUAAUGUUUAUGUUCUCCAUUACUGAUUAAUUUAUCUGAUCAUCAGAUUGUUGCUUUUGGUCCGGUCAGUUCUGUGUUUUUAUGCCUUAUUUACAUUUUUUUUUUUUUUUGUUCUUUGAUGGAGCCUGAUUUACUUUGUUUAAUAUAUAAUAAGAGUGUCCUCUGUGGGUCCUCCCAAAUGUAAGAGUUUGAAUUUUUAAAUAAAAAAUUUUAAAUUUG